AUGUCUUCUGCCUCGUCCAACAACUCUCACAACACGAGUUUUCCUAUAAUCCGUCCUGAUAAUGCUUCUCGAAAUUACACAUCCUCCGAUUUUGAUCUCGUCUCUGUGCGUCUUCGGGCCCUUAUUUUGGAUCAUCGCCUUCGCAAAUUCUUAGCAGUUUGUCAUGAGGAUGCCCCAAUCCCAACCGCUACCAAAGACGACCUGUUGAAGUUGCUAGCGUCUUUCCAUCCGGGACUCCGUCUGGAUACGAGAAUCUCGGAAGAAACUCUGUCACAACUGUUCACACUCAUUGUUCGGCCAUUUUUCCUCAACAUGGAUUAUUUCGACGAAGAGACAAAUGUAAUGCUCUAUUGGGAUGUUCCUCUUUAA